AGCCCAGGACACAGUAGCAGGAUGGGUGGGCGGCCCUCGAGCCCCUUGGACAAGCGACAACAGCAGCACCUGAGGGGCCAGGUAGACACCUUGCUGAGGAACUUCCUGCCCUGCUACCGCGGGCAGCUGGCAGCCUCGGUCCUGUGGCAGAUCUCCCGAGAGCUGGGCCCCCAGGAGCCAGCCGGAUGCCAGCUGCUGCACAGCAAAAAGCUGCCCCGAGUCCGGGAGCACCGAGGGCCCCUGACCCAGCUGCAGGGCCACCCACCUCAGUGGCAGCCAAUCUUCUGUGUCCUGCGUGGGGACGGCCGCCUGGAGUGGUUCAGGCACAGGGAGGAAUAUGAAAAUGGAGACCGUCCCCUGGGCUCCAUGGUCCUGACAGGGUACACAGUCCUGACUUCCCAGAGUGAAUAUCUCCACCUGUUGGACACUCUCUGCCCAGAACCCUCAGGACACCAUACACAGGAAGAGCCUGACCCCCUCUUGGAAAUGCCUGUUAGUUUCCCCCUGUUCCUGCAGCACCCCUUCCGCCGGCACCUCUGUUUCUCUGCAGCCACAGCGGAGGUGCAGCGUGCCUGGAGGCUAGCCCUGCAGGGCGGCAUCCGGCUUCGAGGCACAGUCCUGCAGCGAAGUCAAGCCCCAGCCGCCCGUGCCUUCCUGGACGCCAUACGGCUCUACCGGCAGCAGCAAGGCCACUUUGGCGACGACGACGUGACCCUAGGCUCGGACGCCGAGGUGCUGACUGCGGUACUGAUGCGGGAGCUGCUGCCUGCGCUGCGAGCCCAGACCCUGCCCGGCCUGCGGGGGACCGGCCGCGCUCGCGCCUGGGCGUGGGCCAAGCUACUGGACGCCGUCCACGCUGCAGUACUGGCCGGGGCCUCCACUGGGCUCCGCGCCUUCCAGCCCGAAAAGGAGGAGCUGCUCGCCGCCCUGGAGAAGACUAUCCGGCCAGAAGUAGAUCAGAUGCUGAAGUUGCGGGAGCACGUGAUAGGGAGGCUGCAGGCCAACGUCCAGGGUCCCCUCGAGUCGUGCCUGCGCAGGAAGGUGGAUGCGCAGCUGCCCCGGGUCACGCAGACGCUGCUGAGCACCGUGGAAGCUGAACUCACGGCAGUGCAGACCCUCCUAACCCAGGGCAUGGACCGCCUGUCCCGCCACCUGCGUGGGAGCCCCUCCAGCACGCGGCUGCGGAAGGAGGUUUACUCAUUUGGGGAGAUGCCAUGGGACCCAGAGCUGAUGCAGACCUGCUACCGAGAGGCAGAGCGGAGCCGGGGGCGCCUGGGGCAGCUGGCAGAACCAUUUGGCUUCUUUGGAACACAGAGCCUGGUGUUUGGGGCCCAGGAUCUCGCACAGCAGCUCAUGGCUGAUGCCGUGGCCACCUUCCUGCAGCUGGCUGACCAAUGUCUGACCACGGCUCUGGACUGUGACCAGGCUGCCCAGCAGCUGGAGAAAGUCAGGGGGCGCGUGCUGAAGAAAUUCAAGUCGGAUAGUGGCUCAGCGCAGAGGCGGUUCAUCCAUGGCUGGCUGCUCUGCAUAUUCUUGCCCUUCGUGUUGAGCCAGCUGGAGCUGAGCUGCAAAGCGGAGCUGCCUGAGUUCGAAGGGGACGUCCUUGCUGUGGGCAGCCCUGCUCUGACCAUUGAGGGUAUUUAUGAGGAUGUCAUCCGGGGGGUCCUGCUGCAGAGGAUCAAUCGAGAAUUGAAAAAAGCCCUUGGUGCCAGCAACAUGUCCUGCACUCUGGAUGGCUGCUCGGAGCUUCCAUGGGACCAAGGAGAAACAGAUGUGGAAACUGAGGCUCAGAGAGGCACUUGCUCCAGGCAACCAGGCUUCAGCACCGAGGUCUAGCCACUCUGCCCACUGCCUUCUCCAGGGACAUUCCAGAGCUGA